GCGGUUCCCUUCCCUAGGUCCUCCGCGCUGCUCCGUCCAGUCCCGCCUAUUCUCUGCUCCCCGGGACCUUUGGGCUUGUCUUGGGCGGUUUGAAGAUCAGGAAGUUGACAAAUUGCGAGGCCGGCUGCUGAGAGACGGUGGCUCGGGUGGGACAGUCGCCAGGGAUGGCGGAGCGUGAGGAUGGAGCAGGUGUCCGGGCUGCUCUCCUGGACGUUGAGCAGAGUCCUGUGGCUCUCGGGCCUCUCUGAGCGGGGAGCUGCCCGGCAGCCCCGGACCAUGGAAGAGAAAGCGCUAGAGGUUUAUGAUUUGAUUCGAACUAUCCGGGACCCAGAGAAGCCCAAUACUUUAGAAGAACUGGAAGUGGUGACGGAAAGCUGUGUGGAGGUUCAGGAGAUAAAUGAAGAAGACUAUUUGGUUAUUAUCAGGUUCACGCCAACAGUACCUCAUUGCUCUUUGGCGACUCUUAUUGUUGGAAAUCUACAUUUCUGAAGGAACCCACUCAACAGAGGAAGACAUCAACAAGCAAAUAAAUGACAAAGAGCGAGUGGCAGCUGCAAUGGAGAACCCCAACUUACGGGAAAUUGUGGAACAGUGUGUCCUUGAACCUGACUAAUAGUUUUUUUAAGAGCCACUGAACUGUAAUUAUUUGAUAUAUUUGUUUAAACUCUUUGUAAAACGUAAAAGACUCAUGUUUAAUACAUAGGUGAUUUGUAUCUCGAAGCAUUUUUUAAAAAUUUCCAAGAAAUAAUUAUAAAGUAGUAUCUAGUUUGUUCAAUGUGUAAUAUUCUCAGGAUUUGUAACACUUAAAUGAUCAGACAGAAUAAUAUUUUAUGUUAUGUGUAAGAUGAGUUGCUAUUUUUCUGACCUCCAUUCUGAUACAACUACUUUUCAUGUCAAAUAUUUACUGUGUUCAAAUGUAUUCAAUUUAAAUCAUUAUUAUGUAAAAUAAAUAAAACAGAGAUGAUUCUUGUAACGAG